ACGGCGGCGCCUCACCAGUUGUACGCGCUCUUUCGUGGCCCAGCAAUCAGAAAGCGGCCACUCGUGAUUUCGUGUAACCCUUCAGUGCCUCCAAAGAAAAAUCGUCUUCAACCGAAUAAAUUUUUAUCCGAACAAACGGAGAACAAACAAUACACGAAGCUAGUUAAACAAAUCCUAAAAUAAGAUCAAAAGUAAGGAAUAGAAGAAUUUGGAAAAAGAGAGGCAUAGGAUCGGAGAUAGGAGAGACACACGGAGGAUUACGAUUGGAUCCCCGAUCUAAAGAUUGUCAGUGAUCGUCUUGUAUUAAGAGAAAACAGAAUUUUCGUCUGCACGCUGAUCGCGAACGAAUCGAAUCAAACGGAUUGAUCAUCAAAGAUCGAAGAGAGGUAUUCAAGAGACGAAGUCGCUGGAUCAAGUGCCUUGUUCUUUCUAUAUCGCCUCUGGGCGGCUCCUGGCUCUCGCAAGUAUCAUCAGUCCAAACUGACGGACUUAUUCUCAGUUCUCGCAGUACAAGCUCUAACCACCGACAACAGGAUGUUUUCCUUCUCGAGAGCUUUCCCGCCGAUUCUCUUCGCGACGCUCUUUGUCUGCAUCGGGCUGACACACAGUCUCAAAUGUUAUAAAUGUGGACAGUACAACGAGGGAGUCGGUAGCAUCACACCGUGUAUCAAUUAUACCGCUCACAUGCAUCUAAAGGAGUGUUUACCCACGGCCGAAUGGUGCAUUAAAUAUGUCAGCGAGGGCUCGACAGUUCGAGACUGCGUGCCAGUGUGCACAGAGAAGGAGGCCUGGAGCACGAGGACGUACUGUUGUCAGGAAGACGGUUGCAACUCAGCUCCAUCGUUCGUAUCUAGCAGCUGCUUGACGAUGCUUGCGAUCACGAUGGCGGCCCUCCUGAUGCUUCGUGGCUAAUACGUCGUUUCCGGCGACCAAGAGACCGCGAAUGGAAGCAACGGGAUCCCUGUAACGCGAGAAUCACUGCGCUAACCGAUUAUCGUCGAUUAUUGACCUGGCCCUCUUGCUGACUGGACGCUGACCAAUCGAUAGUCGUCGCCGAUCGAUCGGCCCAAAACCUAUCACGUUCCUAUCUUAAUCGGUUUUUCUUAUCCCCGUUUCCUGUUUCGACUUAGACUUUCAACGCUGACUUCGAUUCUGCACGUUGCAUAAUUUCCUAUAAUCCUUCCUCGCGAAUGCAAAAUUUCUUCUGCUUCCUAAUAGCAACGACUUAUUUCUCCUUUUUGUUCUUCUUCUUCUAGAAAUUGAUUUUGGUCAUGAGAUUGGAACAAUGAUAAUCAUUUAGGAUAAUUUUGUUAAACGAAUGGGAAAUGUCUUUUAUUCUCAUCCAUUUUCUCUUCUUUUCUCCUGGAGCAAUUUAUCUCUUCUUUGUUGAAAGAAAUACCUAUCGGAGAACUGUAUUUGCUAAUGAACAUGGUUUUACUAGUAUAAUACUCGGUUCGAACAAAUUCAUGUACAAACAACAACAAAAUAUAAACAACCAAGUGCUAUCAUCCCUUGUGGUUAAAAAUAAGUCAAAUAUAAGUAGGAACAUUCCUUCCUUUCAAUUUUUCAGUCUUUGUUUUCUAGAACCAUUCGCGAACGAUCUUAUUCAGUUUCAAUUUAUUAUAUUAGCCAUUUAAAAUACUUUUAUCUCGUUCUACAAAUAAUGCUGAUUGUGAAAAAAUUCAACUUUCUUUCUUCUCCUAGGAACUCUUACGCGGGUACUCUUUUCCCCGGCCGAAAUGUUUCUAACAUAUUCCCAAUCUAAAUGCAUAUUUUUACGUAAAUUAAACGUAUAUUCCAAGGUUCCAAAUAUUUAGCAGCAUAAUUAUUAUUGUCGUCGGCGCAUAUGUUGCGCCUCGUAAAUUACUUUAUAUAAUAAUUCUGUUGAUGCAACUAUUAUGUGCUUGCGAAACAAAUCGAAUAUUCAUUACACUCAUUAGAAGAUUACAUUCAUACACUCUUAGAAGAAGAGCAUCAUACCGAACUUGUAGUUACCUUAUAUACUUUUCCAUAAAUUCUCAACUAUCGGUAUACUCGAAUAAAAAUUGAUGACAAAGGAGGUUGCUAAGAUACUCCUUAUAAGACAGGAAGUACUCUUAUAUUAUAUUUUAAGCGUUAUUACAUUUAUUUCAUCCUCUGAGGAGACAUUAUUAUUUAUUUACAUUAUUUCGUUUUGGAGGAACGGUGUAAAUUCGGCUUCGGCUGCUCUUCCUCUUACGCUGAUGCUCGCCUCCAACAUCUUCGCUACUGAUCCUUCAAUUCGAUUUAUUCCAAAACUUUCCAUUCCAUCGCUGUGUUUCCUUGAUUUCGCGGUUGCGUCGCGUCGCCAUUAUGAGCGUUGGAUUUCUUCAGUCAGGCGUCCGCUUAAACUCGAGUUAAACCAAUGAAAUGGGAUUCUUCGAGACUUUGAACGUGUACUUCGAUAUCUUAUUCGUAUUAUGUAUUCGUUUUGAAUAUUUCUUAGUAUCGUGGAAUAAUUUUUCAACUUCUUAACUGGUCAAACUAAGUUAACUCACCAUUUAGAUUCACGAUUCACGAUUCACGAUUAAAUAUAAUUUUUUUAUUUAUAGAAUUUUUAUUGUUUAAUCAACUAACUGUUAUAGGUUUCAUUUGGGGAUUAAAGAAGCAAAUCUCUGUAUCGCAUAGAAGACUUUUAUUUUCGAAAUAAACGAUAUUCAAAAGCAUAUCGAUCGAAUCUACUGAAAAUACGAAUCUAAAUCUGUUGAUAAACCUAGAGUAAAGAAUGAACCUAAAUCUAUAAAAAAUCAUAAAAUAAUUGAAAAUGUUUUUAUAUACAUGUAUAUGUACGUAUGCAUGUACGUAUGUAUGUAUAAAUACAUACACACAUAAAAUAAUACAAUAAUCUUAAAAAAGAAAUUGUUUAUCACUACCACAUUGAUAUAUCGUUUCAUUUUUGUUAAACAUGAAAAACAAACAUAAAUUAUGCCACGUUUAUACUUGCAUCGGAUAAAGCCGCCUUAUUAAAUUAAAUGUUUACAUUGUAUUUGAUUUAUCUAAAUUCUGCAGAUAUUCUAAUUUAUAAUUAUUCAUCGUUCAAUUUUUUACUUCGAUUUUUAGUAGUUUUUCUUUUUCAUCGUAUGUCGAUUGAGAGGCUCGAAGAGUACGGUAGAUUUCUCUGUCGAAAGUGAAUUUUACUUGGCAUUCUGUAUUUAACAAGAACGAUGAUCUUUUUUUCAUUUUCAAUGAAAAAUUACUCCCUCUCCGUAUUCUUUGUUCGCCGCGAAGCCUUACUUGUCCGCUUCUCCCCUUAAAAGACUUUUCCCUUGGUUCUCGAUAAUCGAUUUUCGAUUUCUUCAUUCCCUCAGAAUCCUGCACAUUUUACGAAUCGGUUUUCCAUUUGGCUUCUCAACUUCUUCCAUUUACCAAGCUUAUUCUUCCACAUUUUCCUUCGUAACGGCUGCUUUUUUGUUUCUUCGCUGAACCUUUCCCGAUACCCGAAAUAUGUUCUUCGAGUCGCUCCUUCCAAUCUUCCACGACGUUCAUCCGAUCCUUUUUCUCAACGAGACAAAUGAAUUAAUAAAAUAAAGCAAAACGGAAGGGGGACAAAAAUGUAAAAUAAAAUACAAACAAAAGAAAUGUUAAGCCAAAUAUAACCGCGACGACUGUCGAUUCCAGUCGAGCAAGGAUGGUCACCGUGAUCUCGAGGCAAAAUAUGUUGGACCACAAGAAACUCGUGCCCGUGAUCUCGAUGGCGAAUGAGCGCCAAACGUGAAAUCGGAAACAGAAAAGAACACAGCGCGAAAAUAAAGGGAUUCCCAAAGUGGCUGGAUCUUUCGUGGUCGAUCCAUCUUUCUAUAGAUCGUAAGAUUUCCGAACGAGAAAAGAUCGAGGAUUUGCGGAUAAACAACGCGAUGAAAG